CCUCCUCGUUGUAAUCCAAUCCACUGCCCUCCGGCCGGCGACGCGAGAUGGCGGCGAGCACGUUCAUGGGGUCGCCGUCCUGGCUCCGCAUCCGGCUCCUCCCGUCCUCCGCCACCCCGCGCCUGAGCCGCCGCGCGCUCUCCUCCCGCGUCCGCGCCUCCGCCGACGCCGACGCCGGCGGCGGCCCCGUCCGCGUCCGCUUCGCGCCGUCGCCCACCGGCAACCUCCACGUCGGGGGCGCCCGCACCGCGCUCUUCAACUACCUCUUCGCGCGCUCCCGGGGCGGCAAGUUCGUCCUCCGCGUCGAGGACACCGACCUCGAGCGCUCCACCAAGAAGUCCGAGGACGCCGUCCUCAGCGACCUCGCCUGGCUCGGCCUCGACUGGGACGAAGGCCCGGACAUUGGUGGCGAAUUCGGCCCUUACCGCCAGUCGGAGCGCAACUCGCUGUACAAACAGCACGCCGAGAAGCUAAUGGAGUCUGGUGCAGUUUACCGCUGCUUUUGCUCCAACGAGGAACUUGAGAAAAUGAAGGAAACUUCGAAUCGCAUGAAGCUUCCUCCUGUGUACAUGGGGAAGUGGGCAACCGCUUCAGAUACUGAAGUACAUCAGGAGCUAGAGAAAGGCACACCUUACACUUACCGCUUCCGAGUGCCGAAAGAAGGUUUCCUGAAAAUUAAUGACCUUAUUCGCGGCGAGGUCAGUUGGAAUCUAAACACGCUUGGUGAUUUCGUGAUCAUGAGAAGCAAUGGCCAGCCAGUGUAUAACUUCUGUGUCACUGUUGACGAUGCUACCAUGCGCAUAUCUCAUGUUAUCAGAGCCGAAGAGCAUCUACCAAACACAUUACGACAAGCUCUUAUUUAUAAAGCUCUUGGAUUUGCAAUGCCUUUAUUUGCUCAUGUCUCACUCAUUCUGGCUCCUGAUAAAAGUAAACUGUCUAAACGUCAUGGGGCUACUUCUGUGGGGCAGUAUAAAGAGAUGGGCUAUCUGCCUCAGGCAAUGGUAAAUUAUUUAGCACUCCUGGGCUGGGGUGAUGGUACUGAAAACGAGUUCUUCACUAUUGAUGACUUAGUUGAAAAGUUCACUAUAAACCGUGUCAAUAAAAGUGGAGCAGUCUUUGACGCAACAAAACUAAAAUGGAUGAAUGGACAGCAUCUACGCUCACUUCCAUCUGAUUUACUCAUCAAGGACUUUGAAGAUCGGUGGAGGAGCACAGGCAUUCUUCUGGAGUCUGAAAGUGGUUUUGCUAAAGAAGCGGCUGAGCUUUUGAAGGAGGGCAUUGAUUUGAUAACAGAUGCUGAUGCUGCCCUGCGUAAUUUAUUGUCGUAUCCCCUCCAUGACACUUUAAGCAGUGAUGAAGCUAAACCUGUGGUGGAAGACAAACUUUCUGAGGUUGCUUCGGCUCUCAUAUCUGCAUACGAUAGCGGUGAGCUUGGUCAAGCACUAGCUGAAGGCGAUGAUGGUUGGAAGAAGUGGGUGAAAGCUUUUGGCAAGACACACAAAAGGAAGGGAAAAUCGCUAUUUAUGCCUCUCCGAGUACUGUUGACCGGGAAGCUUCACGGGCCUGCUAUGGGCAACGCCAUACUCCUCGUGCACAAAGCAAGCUCCUCUGAAGUAGUAGGCCCUCAGUCCGGUUUCGUGAAUCUCGAUGAAAGGUUCAAGAUCCUGAAAGAGCUGGAUUGGGAGUCGUUGCAUAAGGAGCAGGAGUCCCCUGCUGAAUCUGCCGUUCCGGUGGCUUCGUAAAAUUUUGUGUGGAUUUCAGAUCAACCAUUGAAUGUGAGAUAGUAACGGUUUCUUGUUUUCAUUUUGCGUGUUGACGAAUUUGGGUUUCUUACUUUUUUGUUUUCUUUUGCGUGUGUUAUGGAUAUUGAGGACUUGGUCCAUCUCGAUGUACCUUUUGUAGGUUAUUUCUGUACUUUGGGUUGCCUAUUUCUGUACAUGUCAUUAUGUCCGUCUUGCUAGAUGUAAUAACUGCCCAUAGCUUCUUAAUAGUGUUUUUUUAAUCUUGCA